AUGCGCCGCCUGUCAAUCCGAUAUCAACGUGACAGCCACGACGACUCGGAUUCUGACGAGUCUUUCCACUGUUGUGGAAGACCAGAAGACCUCCUCGACAGCCCGCCGAGACCCACGACUGAGCCGAAGAAGCUUUUAUCCCAAGCUUACAAGGAGGUGUUCGUGCCCGAGAAUCCAGAUUUCUACUGCUAUCAAUCCGGGCUUGAACGCCAGCAGCGAGAACAAUCCAUCUCGACUGCGGGCCCGUCACAGGUCUCUGGCCGGGCUCCUGUUGCUCGCGUCCUAGGACGCACUUGUUCCGCCGAGUCCGAAAAAACUUUGGUGGCCGAAGAGCCUGUGCUGGUAAUCAAGACGGGUCUCAAUUCUCCUUCCCCGUCGAAAAGAAUGCGAGCUCGAUCUGUCAUCGCGCAGCUGCCGCCUCCAAGGCCUAAUUUGCGAAGAGCAUCAAUGAAUAUCUUCCGAUCAACCUCUAUCUCGCGAAGACCCAGUGUGAAGACUUCCCCGCAAAAGUCCAACAACGGUUCGAAGCCUCUUAGACCCCGCUUUUCCAUCCUGCAGGCAAAAAGACGGUCGACGAAGACUAUCUACGACAUCAACGAGGUCGACUCCGAACCACGCGCGAUUUGUCAGGGAGAGGGAUCCUCGAAUAGUGUAUCUAUGGUUGUGGAGGAAUGA